AUGCCAAAGCAAUUGAGUAGACUAAAAUGCCUACGAACAUUAACUAAAUUUAUCAUCAGCAAACAUAGUGGGGCUUGCAUUGAAGAACUGGGAAAACUUUCAAAUCUCCAAGGAAAGCUUUCUAUUUUAAAGCUCCAAAAUGUUGUAUCUCCUGAGGAUGCUUUGAAAGCAUGCUUGAAAGAAAGGAAGUACCUUGAGGAGUUGGUGUUGGAAUGGAAUGCAUUAGAUACUAAUAUUUCAGAAUGUCAAAGAUUUGUACUUGACAAUCUUCGGCCUCAUCGUAACUUGAAAAGUCUCACUAUCAACAACUAUGGCGCUGAAACUUUUCCAGAUUGGAUAGGGCAUCAUUCAUUCCUUAAUAUAGUGUCCCUUCGCUUAGAAAACUGUAGACAUUGUUGUAACUUGCCACCACUUGGGCAACUACCCUCUUUGAGGUACCUCUCUGUUGUUGGGUUUGAAGAAGUAGUUAAAGUGGAUCGUGAGUUUUAUGGGAGCGAUUCUUCAUCGGCUAAGCCAUUUGGAGCCUUGAAAGUUCUAAGGUUCGAGCAAAUGUUGAAGUGGGAGGAAUGGUCUUCUUUUGGUGCUGAAAACGAAGGCGGACCUUUUCCUCAACUUGAGGAGCUUUAUAUUAGUUUCUGCCACAAGCUAACCGGAGAGCUGCCCAUCCAUCUUCCUUCUUUAGCCAAACUUGAGAUUUUGGAAUGUCCGCAGUUGGCUGCCUCAUUCCCAAGGGCUCCUUUGCACGAAUUGUAUUUAAAAAAUUGUAAUAAGGUUCAGUUAAAGGAAUUGCCAACCGGACUGCAGAAGCUCAAAAUUGAAGGAUUUGAGUCUCUUCCCCAAGGACUGGUGGACUCCAACGGCUGCCUUCAAAAGUUAACAAUCAAAAAGUAUAUGAAGUUAGAGCUCCCAACACACUUUUCGUCCCUUGAAACGUUGAAGUUGGACAAUUGUGAUUCCCUCAAGUCAUUUCCAUUAGAUUUAUUCUCAAAGCUUUAUAAAAUCAACAUCUCUGGGUGUACGAAUCUGGGAUCAUUUACAGCUUCAGAACAACAUGGACGUGAUUUAGUGACCUUGCAUAUUCACAUUAGCAAUUGCCCGAAUUUUGUAUCUUUUCCAAAAGAAGGAAUUCGUGCCCCCAACCUUAAAUCCUUUUGGGUACAAAAAUGUGAAAGUCUGAGGUCACUGCCAGAGAAGAUGCAUAUACUCCUCCCUUCUCUUGAAAAAUUUGCUAUAACCGAUUGUCCAGAAGUUGAAUUGUUACCUAAAGGGGGCUUUCCUUCCAAUCUGCAAAUUCUUAACGUUGAGUACUGUGAGAAACUCUUUGCUAGUCGGAUGGAAUGGGGUUUGCAAAAACUUUCGUCUAUUAGACGUUUGUAUAUCGGUAGCAAAUCUGAAGAUGUGGUGUCUUUUCCAGAGCCAGGGUUGAUGCCUUCUUGUUUGACUUCUCUUUCGUUCUAUCGAUUUCCAAAUAUGAAAUCUUUGGACAAGAAAGGGCUUCAACACCUCACCUCUCUUCAAAAAUUGUCGGUCAAUGACUGCCCUAAGCUCAAGUACAUGCCCAAAGAGGUGUUGCCUGCCUCGCUUUCAAUUAUACGUAUCUAUAGCUGCCCUUUGUUAAGGAAAUGGUGGCAAAGUAAGAAAGGAAAAGAACGACGAAAGAUUCCCGACGUCGAUAACGUAAUUUUUGAUUGGGAAGUUUAUAUUGGUUGA